UUUGGCGCAGUUUAGAGCCCCUCGGCUUCCCGUAGUCGCGGUGACGUCGCGAAGGCGAGUCCUGAUAGGCAAAAUGGCGGCGCAGAAGAUCAACGAAGGCUUGGAGCACAUCGCCAAAGCGGAGAAAUAUUUGAAGACCGGAUUAUUGAAAUGGAAGCCAGACUAUGAUAGUGCAGCUACUGAAUAUUCAAAGGCAGCUGUUGCUUUUAAAAAUGCCAAACAAUUUGAUCAAGCAAAAGAAGCAUACUACAGAGAAGCCAUCUCCCAUGAACACAAUAAAGCUCUUUUCCAUGCUGCAAAGGCUUAUGAACAAGCUGGUAUGAUGCUAAAGGAAAUGCAGCAACACCAUGAUGCUGUGGAAUUGAUUCAGAAAGCCAGUAUGAUGUACCUGGAGAAUGGAACACCUGAUACAGCAGCUAUUGCCCUAGAUCGUGCUGGGAAGGUGAUUGAAAAUAUAAAUCCAGACAAGGCUAUUCAGCUGUAUCAGCAAACAGCAGCAGUAUUUGAGAAUGAAGAACGUUUACGACAGGCAGUUGAAAUGUAUGGAAAAGCUUCAAGACUUUUAGUCAAAGGUCGUAGACUAGAUGAGGCAGCAGUAUCUCUGCAGAAAGAAAAAAGUAUUUAUAAAGAUAUUGAAAACUAUCCAACAUGUUACAAGAAAACUAUUGCUCAGGUCUUAGUUCAUCUUCACAGAAAUGACUAUGUUGCUGCAGAAAAAUGUGUCAGGGAGAGCUGUAGCAUACCAGGCUUCAGGGAAAGUGAGGACUGCGCAGCAUUGGAACAGUUACUAGAAGGGUAUGAUCAGCAAGACCAGGACCAAGUAUCAGAUGUAUGCAAUUCACCACUCUUUAAAUACAUGGACAAUGAAUAUGCAAAGCUUGGUCUCUCAUUGGCUGUCCCAGGAGGAGGUAUAAAGAAGAAAUCCCCAGUUACUCCACAGGGCAAAGCAGAUGGCAAAGCUGUACCUGGAGCUCCUGGAAAUGAGGAUGAUGAUGAUUAUGCAGGUGGACUAUGCUAACUCCAGUUAACUGUGCUCUCAGAUAUCAGUGUGGCCACUGAGCAAUUCCAAAUGCAUCCAAAUUAUAUUUUGUUGCAGCUAUCAAAUUGGAAAGUAUAAUGACUUGUCAUCUUUUAAGGUACUUGUAUAAAAAUGCAUGGCUGUAAACCUGUAUCUGUGGGCUACAGUCUUAAAUCUUAUGUCUUUUCAGUGCAUCUGCUUUAAUGAAAAAUUUGAGUACUGUAGUCUCUCUCUGAAAAGGAAGUAUGUUUGGAGGACGGUAUUUAUUUUCAGUAUUUCUUUCAAAAUGUCUCUAGUUUCAUGGCCCAUUGUUUUAUGCUCCAGUGUCUUUGAUGGCCCUGCACAAGGUUGGAGUUUGAGGAGGAAAGUUCUGAAUCCUACAGAGUUAUGAAUUAUUGCUGCUGUUACAUAUUAAACAAAAUCACUAAAACAUUGACAGCACCUUAAACUAUGAUGGCUAUCCUUACCCCCACUGAGGAGACUCAUAUGUGCAGACUCAUAUGAAACAUAUGUGCUUGUAUGCAAGCAUAUCUGUAAUAUGUAUAGGAGGUCUGUGGUCAGUACCAAAAAAUAUAGGUUUUUGGAUGUUUUUUAAAAGAAAAAUGUUGUUACUAUUUAUCCAUGUAACAUUGGUGUGAAUAAAAAGAAGAAAACUGAUUCCCUUUUGGAUAUUGAAAAAUGUUAGCUGUGAAAUCGUUUCACUUUAUUCUAUAAAAUGGGAAUUCAAAACAUUUGUGUACAAAUAGUGGCAAAUUAUUUGUCCUUUCUGGUAACAAAGCAGAAUUCCAGUAAUAAGAAUAAGGUACACUUACUUUCAAUCCGGGCUGGCACCUUUCAGUACUUGUACAGUACAUUUGACUCUUCUUUGUAGAUAUAAAGAGAAUUUUUUCCAGAGUGUCUGGAGUCUAGUGUAAAGCUGUAAAAAUCUUCCUGUUUCUCUCCACUCUUUGCUGCAGUUUUUCUAGUCAGGUCAAUUUAGGCAAUUGUUAACUGGUUGAUAACUUCAGGUUGGUAUAAUGAUAAAGCUAAAGACAGGAGCUGAAAAUACAGGUUUACUGUCUAUAAUCUGUAUAUGUGAGAAGCCUGUCACCUAUACAUGUAAGGUAGCUUUGAUAAUGUCUCCUCACCUGAUCUUGGUAAUGCAUUAGUAAUAAAACUCUUGGAGAACAUUGUGCUUCAUGAACUCUUAAAUUGUCCUGGGCCAUAUCAUCGCAGCAGAAGGAUCAUGAAAUGUAAUAAUUAACAUUCCUACUAGUUUUGUAUUGUGAGAAUGAAUUAACUUCAAGAACAUCCUUUUGUGUUAAAUGAACUACCAUAGGCUAACAUUUACAUUUAUCAAUGAAGAUACUGUUGUGUUUGUCUAGUAUGUAGCACAUUGAUUAAGAACAGGCUUAUUUCUACAACAUACUGUUUUGUGUUUUGUUCAAUAAGACUGUAGGCCCUUUAAAUUCCAUGUUCAGAAUAAGUUAGGUACCCACUGUGUGUAAGAGUUGAUCUGGGCCCAGGUUUAAAGUUCCCUGUUUUCACAAUAUGCAGAAACUCUAGGGUUAUAAAAUAUCUUUUAAACACUGGAUCCUAGUAAUGCUUCCAAGACUGAAAUUUGUGAAGAUGGGUGUAGCUUAAACUGAGCCAUGUCCUUUUUACCUCCUGGCUUUUGUUUCAGGUGAUUAAAAUAUAAUAAAUAUAGUACCUUUAUUAAAUGUUAACUUCUAAUCUGCACUUUCUGAAUAAAAUGUGUUUAGUGUUUAAUGUCCAAGGCACACUGCACACUUCUUUUGACAAAGAGAGAAAUGCAACAAGAAGGAAAAUUUGGGGAAAUAAUGCCAAACUUUUAAGAGCCAAAACAGAACUUGGCUUGCAAGUAUGCUAACAUGUAUUAUGAAGGUAAACAACUAUAUUAAAUAUGAUUUGUCUGUACAGCCAGGUGUGUGUAAACUGUGUUUUAUGCAAUGUGAACCUGUGUUUUAAUUGUAAUUCUGCACAGCCUAAAUGUGGGUUAUAAUACUACGAAAGAAAUGUUGUAAUUGCCAUAUGCUGCAGCUUCUCAGAAAACAAUCCCUGUAUUUUGCCUGUAAAACAAAAAUAAAGCUUUAAAUUGUGAA